UCGGAUGUAGGUGCGGGCUACAGCAUGGCCAAGGUGCUCGUUUUAGUCGUUGCACUUCUCUGCAGCAUCGUCGGCGAUGUCAGAGGAGCUUUAGAUUUAAGGCAAUUGCUAGGAUCACUUCCAGAGGAUGCGUUGGGAAGGUUUUUAGAUUCAUUCACAGUGCCAACGCCACGAACGACCGGGUUCGAAACACUUGUGCCGCAGAGAGAUAUCCGCCUGCACUGUACGAAAACAUCGCAGCCUCGGUUUCAGGAAGUGUUCUAUGGUGAUUUAAACGUCAAGAACAAGAUCGACUAUACACUGCCGAUAGCCAUCGCUAUUCAUGGGUGGCAGAAUGGUAGCAAUUCCACCCUGUUCGCCGUGCUUACUGCUAAUUAUUUACGGUACGUGAAGAACACCAACUACUGUCUGCUGGACUGGCAACCGUACGGCGAGUUUGCGUACGAGAUAGCAGCCCGUCAGGGCGCUCCCCUGGUGGCCAACUAUCUGUUCGGAUUCCUGCAGAGCAUUGGAUUGCUGUACUAUCCACUGCAGAAAGUGUCUCUGAUCGGGUUCAGCAUGGGUGGUCAGAUUGCCGGCCUGACAGGUAAGCUGUUUCGUGGACAGAUCGGAACGAUCUACGCCCUGGAUCCGGCCGGUCCUUUGUUUUCUUAUCCAAACGAUAUUGGACCGACGCGUCGGUUGGCCAGUACCGAUGCGAGGUACGUUCAGGUGAUCUACACAACUCGAUACACAGCUGGCUUCGGACAACUGGUGGGCACGCAAAAUUUCCUACCCAAUGAGGGUUUCUAUCCGCAAUCUCCGUGCAAACCGAACAGCGAUGAUCUGGUUGAAGCUAGUAGGGCGCUCAACUGUAGCCAUUCGUAUGCCGUUGAACUGUUCACCGACAGUCUGAACCCGGUUAAUCUCAUUGUGGGACAGAAGUGUACCACGGUACUUGGAGCAAGGGUAUGCUUGUUCCAUCCGAAGGACCGGCUUGGUAUUUAUUCAAAAAGAAAACCUGGCAACUUUUACUUGUAAACGAAGCAUAACCGAAACCAGCUCGUUAUCGAUGGACGAACGUGAACAUUUAAUCACCAUAAGACAUGCAAACUGAUGAAUAAAUAAUU